AGUAUUAAAAUAUUUCAUGAUGAACAAACAAAGUUUCCGAAAACCUAAUAUUUUAUCGUUUUUAAUAAAUACAUUUUAACGUUUCAAAGUUUGCCUAUAUAAUUAACACAACACAAAAAUAAACCAACCACUUUUACUUAUCCUGGCAAUAAUGCUCAUUUUAGAUUUGCAUGCGUGCGUUAACCAUAAUCGAACUUUACACACAUUUAAAAAGAACAAGUCACCACUACUAAUGCAAAUACGAACAUCGAGGAAUGCCAUGACGUCAAGAGCGAGCCCACGCGCUAGCCAAUCAGAAUCGCGGACUCAGGGGCACGACUUGGGAAGUGCGAUAAAACACGCUUUCCGAUUUUAAAAUAUUAUGGACCUAAAGGUUAACUUUAUAUCUAUGGUACAUAUAGAACGCCGUUGUUAUAAAGGAUUGGCGAUAUUAUUUACAUAAAAAAUAUGUUUGUCAUAUGGGUCUUCCGUACCGUUCUAACACAUGCAAAAUGAAUUCACUAAAGCGAGAUAACAAUAGUUUAAUAUCAUGAAUGAAAAAGACCGCGUCUGUAUGAGCGUUCGACGCAGUGCUGACGGCAACGUCCGUUAGUAUUAGUAGCUAGAGCCGUAUUCCUCAUUUUCUUGCGGAUCAGGCGAGACGUGUCGUCGAGUAUAACCUUAUAAACCGCGCAGUGUUUUAUUUUAUUAUCAACUGUCAGAGCACAAGUGUUUCAAAAUGGGCAUAGUUAUAAAUAAUUUACCAAAGAUUCGCGAAGAAUGCGAAGUCUUACAUUUGUCGGAUAAACAAAUCAAGGAGAUAAUGAGCCGCCUCCACAAUGAUCUGAUCAAAGGGCUCGGUAAAGACACGCAUGCGAAUUCAAUUGUCAAGUGCUGGAUUACUUACAUUCAAGAUUUACCCAAUGGAAAAGAACGCGGUAAAUUCCUUGCUUUGGAUUUAGGAGGAACUAAUUUCAGAGUUUUAAUUAUUAACUUAGGAGCAAAUCAUUUCGAUAUGCAGUCCAAAAUUUACGCUAUUCCAAAUCACAUUAUGACUGGUACAGGCAUCGCUCUAUUUGACCACAUAGCUGAAUGUUUAGCAAACUUUAUGAAGGAGCAUGAUGUUUAUGAAGAAAGAUUAUCACUUGGUUUUACGUUCAGCUUCCCUCUAAAACAAUUGGGUCUCACAAAAGGAAUCCUACAGCGAUGGACCAAAGGAUUCUCCUGUACAGGAGUCGUCGGAGAAGACGUCGUCCAGGGACUAAGAGAUGCCAUUGCCAGACGAGGGGACGUACAAAUUGACAUAUGCGCUAUUCUGAAUGAUACUACGGGAACAUUGAUGUCAUGCGCGUGGAAAAACCACAACUGCAAAAUAGGACUCAUCGUUGGUACAGGCAGCAACGCUUGCUAUGUAGAAAAGACAGAAAAUUGCGAACUGUUUGAUGGAGAACCCGGUAAACCUGAACUUCUCAUAAACACUGAAUGGGGCGCAUUUGGUGACGACGGAGCCCUAGACUUUGUUCGCACUGAGUUCGACCGAGAAGUUGACAAUAACUCUAUCAACCGAGGAAAACAGAUACAAGAGAAGAUGAUUUCUGGAAUGUACAUGGGAGAGCUUGUUCGGCUAGCGCUAGUGAAGUUCACAAAGAUGGGACUCCUAUUCGGGGGACGUGGAUCGGAUUUGUUGUUCCAACGCGGCAGCUUCUACACCAAAUACGUUUCGGAAAUUGAAUCAGACAAACCAGGAGACUUCACCAGUUGUAUGGAAGUCCUUGAAGAACUUGGUCUGUCACACGCAAGCGAAGCAGACAUGGCAGCAGUGAGGCACGUGUGUGAGGCUGUGUCGAGGCGCGCAGCUCACCUCGUGUCGGCCGGUAUCGCCUGCCUGCUCAACAAGAUGAACGAGCCUCACGUCACCGUCGGCAUCGACGGCUCAGUAUACCGUUUCCACCCACAUUUCCACACGCUCAUGUGCGAAAAGAUCGCGCAACUCGUCCGGCCUGGCCUAAAGUUCGACCUGAUGCUAUCAGAGGACGGCAGCGGUCGCGGCGCGGCGCUGGUGGCGGCCGUGGCCUGCCGCCAGAGCAGUACGGUGGCGUAGGCCCCCCCCCCCACACCCAGCGAUCUCUCCGCCGAGCGCCACGCCGCCGCGGCUGUGCUACUCCGAGCCUUCGCAUGUAAGCCGCAACACAACAGACACUGCAGUCAACUAAAUAACAAUAUAUUUUUAAAAUUGUUUACUAUACCAUAUUUGUAUAACGUUCAAUCUUUAUAGAACUGUAAGUGUCAAUCACUAAAGAUGAAAUAUAAGCCGGGAAUACACUGUUUUACAUUUAUAAAGAUCACUUAAAGUUCUCGUAAAAAUCAAUCAAUAGGCAGACGGAAAUGAUAAUGUAUGGCCUUAAGCUCGCGGCUGUUAGCACAUUUACUAAAUUAUGUAGAUAGAAUACAAUGUAUACAGGAUAUGUAUACCUAGCCACUGUGUGCUUAUGGUUUCACGGCUUUAUGCAUACGCGCUAUGUUGAAAUUAAAGUUGGCUUUAUCGCUGCAUGAAAUUUAGAAAAUCUGUUCUACAAAUGCAGUAAGUUUGUUAGACACUAAGAUUCAAUAUUUCGGCCAACGAGUUACUUAAUUUUAUUUUUGCAAUUUGUUUGUACUUAAGUCUAGUCAGGGUUGUAGGGGUCUGCUUCUAAAAUUUCGUUUUUCUUUAAUCUGUUUGAUUUUUGAUCUUUUCACAUUUUGUUUUUGAACAGAAUAAGACUGAUUUAGGUGAAGAACAUCAACGACGUAAAUAGUCAGAUUUGAACAUGAUCUUAGUGUCAAUCAGUGUACAGCAGUAACAUAAGCAUUUCCUUGCCAGCACACAGUAAGAUGGCUCAGAAUUCUCUUCAGUGACUUGUGUUAUAUUAGCAAUAAGUAGUUUUAUAGUAUUGUAUAUUUUAUCGGAGAGAAAGCUCUUAUAUUGUUAAGUAGAUAUGUAAUUUUAUAUACUAAUAGCAACUGUUGAAAAAUUAAUUAGAAUGAUAUUAUAAAUUACUUAAUAACUAAACACUUAAUGCAAAGUACUUCUUGAGAAAAUUGUUAAUUUAGAAGUAAUUGUUAAACGCAACGUGUUGCGCAUUGUUUGAUAUAAAUUGUAAAGGUUUGGUUUUUAAAAGUAAUGUAUUGGAAGUCUCCACGUAAAGUUUUUCAUAGUUUCGAACUUAAUAUAUUUUUGUUACAAGCUAUAAGUUGUGAUGUCAUAUGGGUUAUGGCGAUUGGAUGAUAACGAUUCAUAUAAGUAAUUGUUUGUUUAAUUAAACAAACUAUGCAAUUUGACAACCGUUGUUUGCAUAACAUCCAGUCUACAUAGAACCUAUCAAAGUAUCAAGCCCGAAUGAUAGCUUAUUCCAAAAUCAGAAUAGACCGAGCCGAACCUACUACAUUCUCGGUUAGAAUCUCAUACUUGUAGAUCCUUUUUCGUUAUUAUAAUCAUUCCAUUAAAAAAGAACAUAAAUAAAGUGAGAUUUGGAAUUUAAUCAAUUUAAAAAAUAUAGGUAAUACAACACAGCAGUGUUGUUUUAAUGUGGAGUAUAUUAAAUACACAAAUCACAGAAGUUGCAUAAGUGUUUUGAUAUUUUACUGUGAUAGAACUAGGACCAGUUCAACUAUAUUAUUUCUUUGCUAAAUUUGUUGACUCUAUUCAGCAAUUAAUGCUGUUCGUGUGCCUAUAUUUUGACUUGUUUAAAUAGUAUCCAUUUAUCAACAAUAGUAUAAACAGCGUUUAUUCUUAAAUAAUGAUUAAAACUGUAAUUCAUAACAAGUUAUCUAUAAAUUUAUAAUCGGGUUCACUUUAACAUACACACAACCAAUUAUAGUUCCUAGAUUCAUUAUAUAGGUGCAUUUUAAUUUAUGUAUGCGAUGUUUCGUUACAAGUAUGUGUGCUGCACGCUGUUACGAACACUAUUAGAUUUAUUUGUAAGUAAUCAUGGUGGAAUAAGUGUACAGUGUUAGAAUCUAUGUAAGUACAUUUAAUUAUUUAGUUGAACUAAUACUUGCGUUAACCAAGCUGAGCUUGUAAUUCAGGCGUUUAGUUUUCAUAUCAACAGUUAAUAUAAAAUUAUAUAGUAGAAAAGUACAACCGAAAGUUUUUAUAUUUAUAGCACAUAAACCGGAUACGGAUAAAAAUACAAAAAGUUUGCAAUGCCUUGUUCAGUUUCAUUACAAUAAUGAGUUCCAACAAAAUACAUAAAACUAUGUAUAUUUGAUUAUUAUUAUCUACUUAUUUGCUCAAAUGGUGAAUUUUAUUACUAAAAAGAUAUUUAUUUAUAAAAACGUGUAAAUUUUUGUAAGAAUACAUCAUAUGAAUUCAAUAAGUGACCUUAUUUUCUUGUUGUUUUUAUAAAACUUCAGUUACAUGAAUUAUAAAAGAUAUGGAAACUUUCUGCAUCAAAUAACAAUAUACCACAUUCCACAUGUAUCUGGAGGGUCAUAAAUGUGUGUUGAUUUUACUACUACCCGCAGAAAAUGUACAUAUCAAAUUCAGUACCUAUGCCUCGAAAGACAGGCGAGUUUACGUUUAGAUACAUUACCAACAAAUUGUAAAUAAUACUUUUGUUCUAAAAACUGGACAUACGAUACUUAUACUUGUUGUUGUUUAAAUUAUGUUAUAUUUCUUAGUUGUGUUUUUAAUAUGAAUAUUUUUUAUAAAUUCUACACAUGCUUCGUAGAUAAUUAUUGUGUCAAUCAAAUUAUGUUUGGGCCAGUUAAUGGUAGUACCUAAUCAGAUUAAUUUUAUGUGCAAGCUCUAAGGCAUAGGAGCUACUAGAAAUGUUUUAUUUCAGAAAUAAAUUUGUAUAAAACCUA